AUGGUCAUUGACAAAAACGGGAAAACGGAGAAAAAGAUCCACGCGCCAGUCGCCGAGAAAUCCUGCAAGACGCCGCGGAUAGAGUGCAAUAAUCUCGCUACCUACGGUGGCCGAGAUCGCCCUCCGGCGCAAGACUCGCCCGACGCCACUACACUUCACCUCGGCCAAACGGAGAAGAGUCGGCGCCCGCCUCCAACAUCAGGCGCUCGGUCGCCUCCAUCUACGGUCGCUCGGUCGCCUCCAGCUACAGGCGCUCGAUCGCCUCCAGCUACAGGCGCCCGGUCGCCUCCAACAACCGGCGCUCAGUCGCCUCCAGCCACCGGCGCUCGGUCGCCGUUAAAUCUGGACACGGUGGACCUAACCCUUGGCGCCAGUCCACCAUCCGCCAGGGACAAACCACCGGCUCCAGGUGCCCUGCUACCCAGGAAGAAAAGGAGCAAGGACCGGCUUCAGGCUUUAUUCUGCGCUAGCCCGCCAAAGCCAAUUAACGGGCAUUCCGACAGCCAAGAGGGACCGACCAAUCACGCCGGACAUCAAACGACCGCGGAGUAUCACGCCUCCGAUUCCGUGGUAUCCUCCACCGCCUUUAAAACGUUGGACCACGACACGGCGCCAGUCGCCGAGAAACCCUGCAAGACGCCGCGGAUAGAGAGCAUCAUCUCGCUACCUACGGUGGCCGAGAUCGCCCUCCGGCCUACAGGCGCUCGAUCGCCUCCAGCUACAGGCGCCCGGUCGCCUCCAACAACCGGCGCUCAGUCGCCUCCAGCCACCGGCGCUCGGUCGCCGUUAAAUCUGGACACGGUGGACCUAACCCUUGGCGCCAGUCCACCAUCCGCCAGGGACAAACCACCGGCUCCAGGUGCCCUGCUACCCAGGAAGAAAAGGAGCAAGGACCGGCUUCAGGCUUUAUUCUGCGCUAGCCCGCCAAAGCCAAUUAACGGGCAUUCCGACAGCCAAGAGGGACCGACCAAUCACGCCGGACAUCAAACGACCGCGGAGUAUCAUGCCUCCAAUUCCGUGGUAUCCUCCACCGCUUGUCUCGCCUCUACGACGAACGCCCAUUAA